UAGCUAUAAUAGCGGUCCAGUUUCUGUCGCUUCUCGUUUACCUUUGUGUUCAUCUUUGCAUCCUCGAAAUCAUGGACGAGACGAGUCCGCUUGUCUCUCCUCUUCGUGGCUCCAAUGACUUCAGCUACUGCCCUACAGAGCCCACUAGUCCACGGAGUGCGUUCGGAGGCACACCGGGCUCCGUCGUCCGCAUCCCGGCCGGCAGUCCGGGACGCAGCCGGGAGAGGCAGCCGUUACUGGACCGGGACCGAGGUGGUUCACCCCGGGACCCACAUCGAAACGAAUUCCCAGAGGACCCCGAGUUCAGAGAGAUCAUACGAAAGGCCGAACGCGCCAUAGAGGAGGGCAUUUAUCCGGAGAGAAUUUACCAGGGAUCCAGUGGGAGCUAUUUUGUCAAAGAUUCACAGGGGAAAAUAAUCGGCGUGUUCAAACCCAAGAAUGAAGAGCCUUAUGGUCAGCUGAACCCCAAGUGGACAAAGUGGCUCCAGAAACUGUGUUGUCCCUGCUGCUUUGGCCGUGACUGCUUGGUCCUUAACCAGGGUUACCUGUCAGAGGCAGGGGCCAGCCUUGUUGAUCAGAAGCUAGAGCUCAACAUAGUCCCCAGGACCAAGGUGGUAUAUUUGGCAAGUGAAACAUUUAACUACAGUGCCAUAGACAGAGUUAAGUCGCGGGGGAAGAGGCUAGCCCUGGAAAAGGUACCUAAAGUGGGACAACGCUUCCACAGGAUUGGACUCCCGCCAAAGGUUGGUUCUUUCCAGCUCUUUGUGGAUGGCUACAAGGACGCAGACUUCUGGCUUCGGAGGUUUGAAGCUGAGCCCUUACCUGAGAAUACCAACCGCCAGCUCCAGCUGCAGUUUGAACGGCUAGUUGUCCUUGAUUACAUCAUCAGAAACACAGAUAGAGGAAAUGACAACUGGCUACUUAAGUAUGACUGUCCCAUGGACUCUGUUGGGAAUAGGGACACAGAAUGGGUGGUGGUAAAAAACCCUAUUAUCAAGCUGGCAGCCAUAGACAACGGCCUAGCCUUCCCCCUCAAACACCCUGACUCUUGGAGAGCCUACCCGUUCUACUGGGCGUGGCUUUCCCAGGCCAAGGUUCCUUUCUCACAGGAGAUCAGAGAGUUAGUGCUGCCCAAACUCUCUGAUCCCAACUUCAUCAAAGACUUGGAGGAGGACCUCUAUGAAUUAUUUAAGAAAGACCCUGGUUUUGACAGAGGACAAUUCCAUAAACAAGUAGCUGUAAUGAGAGGGCAGAUCCUGAAUCUGUGCCAAGCCCUCAAAGAUGGCAAAACACCCCUGCAGCUGGUCCAGAUGCCCCCAGUGAUCGUAGAGACGGCCAGGGCGCCUCAGAGGGCCAACAGCGAGUCCUACACACAGAGCUUCCAGAGCAGAAGACCCUUUUUCACCUGGUGGUAGAGUCAGAGGAGGGGAAGGGUGAAUGGCAAGAAGAGGAUCUUAAGCCAGGGUGAAGCUGUGUGGAAUGGAGUGAAUGCGUCUGCGAGUGCAGAUGUGUGAGACAGGACAGUUUAUCUGAGAGUGCGUGGUUACCCAAGUUGAAAAACAUCAUCAUCAUCAUCCCCUCCUCUUCUUAUGGACACUGGUUAUUGGCAGUAGUUGAGGGGUUGAAAGAUGAGGCCAAAGGAGAGGAAUAUUUUGUGAUAGAUAUCUCUCCCUGUUUGCAUCUGUGCCUUGUGUGAAUGUGAAUGAAGACAGAUGACUAAAUGGAAUAGAUGAAGGUUGUGGAGCUUUUAAGAAAGAAAGAGCCUCGAAGAAGAUUUCUAUGUAAUGUCAUAUUUUUCCUGGACUCUUUAAGCAGGUGUACAUGCACACAUACACAACCACCAGUCUGAGGCCUCUCAUUUUUGUUCGGAUGGGAGGUUGCGCAUUCCAUUUUCUUUUCUUCAUUCCCUUCUGCCUUUUAAAUAUACACCUGCACACUACUUUCCACAGAGAAGUGAAAGCAAUGGUUGGUGAAACAUAAUGACACUUAUAAUUAGCCUUUUUCAAUCAAAUAAGGGUGCCUUUUGACAGUGUUUCAAAGAGUUAGAAACUGGGCACUCAUUGUCUUUACACAGAACUUACUUAAGCUAUGCAAAUUGGUCUUACAUUUAUUCCCCGUCCCCUUCCAUCAAUUUUGAUCUGGACCUGCAUGAAAUCUGGAGCAAUGGUAUCAAGAGAUGAACUUUGGCAAUGUAAAUUUUGCUCCUUCCACUGAGUAAGAGACAUAUUGAUGGAGGAGAUGUGCAGCUCUUUAGAAGUUUACCCUCUGUCAAGGCAUGGGGAAAUUAUUCAAAGCUAGCAAAAACAUAGCAUGGGCAGAAGUAUCCCAUAAACAAGUAGACAGGCGGUGGUUGGGGCUCCCUAGGUUCAGGCUCCCGUUUGUCUUUCAGUGGUCCAUUUUGAUUUCUGUCCAUUUUCUUUCUGUUAACUUCCUGCUGUAUGUAACUGACAUGAAAUGUAUUGUGGCAAUGCACUGUAUAAUUUGUAUGUAAUAUUUAAUGACAGAUUAUAACAAAACUGCAAUCCAUGAAUACCACUGGCUCUGGUGUCUUUUCCCAAAAAUGCAAAAGGAUACACAUUCAAACACAUGAAACAGAUAUGAAGAGAGAAAUUCAGCACUCUUAAUAUUCUGGUUUUCCCAGGACAGAGAUGUAACUGCUGUCACACUUACGUUUUUGUUUUAUUCCUUUUAACGAUGAAGUUCAGUUGCUCCAUUAAAAUAUAUUGU